ACGCGUGCGGUCGGCCCGCCCCUAUUGUUACCCUCGUCUUAACCCUAGCGCCACCGCCGCCGUCCCGCCCCCGUCAGGUUGUCUCGCAGCCGCGCCGCCUCCUUUCUCUCAUCUCGGCAAUCGACCCGCCGUCUCCCCGUCGUUCCCGGCUGCCUCCAUCUGCACCUGGUGUGCCCAACGGGGCCAAGCUCCUCGCGAGAAGCUAGCGCGCGGAGUGCGGCGCUGGAGCCACAGAGUGCACCAAGCCGUGUGGCUUCCCAACAGGGCGUCUCCGCUCCUCCCGGCCGCGCUCGCGUCUCUCCUCCCCGCACAGCUCACCUUGCGGCCGUCGCGGUGAGCCUCCGCCUCAUGCUAUGGCGCGGCUGCCGCUGUCGCCAUCUCCACCGGCUUUCACCCCCGUCAAGGAAGAGCCCGACGUCGACACCACCACCGCCGCCGCUCGCACUACGCGCCCACCGCCCCGCAAGAAGCGCCGCCGGGACCACCUUCCGGUAACCCCAACCCAGCCGCUGCUCACGCCCCAAACUAUUCUGUCCGGGAUUUCGAAAGCCGAUUCCUUCCAUGUCAAGCGGUGCGGGGAGCUGGAGGACCUAACGCCGACGACAGCGCCCGCCUCCAUAAAGAGCGAGCCUGACGCUGACGACGGGACUGGCAAGGAUGCAGGAGGGGAAACAUUGGGCGCACCACCGCACAAGAAGCGCGGCCGUCACUCCCUGCCGGCAACCCCAAUCCAUCCCCUUUUCACGCCCCAAGCUACCCUGCCGGGCAUUUCAAGGGCCGAUUCCUCGGUGGAGCAGCCUAGCGCAACGCCAACUGGCACCGUCAAGGGCGAGCUUGAUGCAGACACUGGAAAGGAUGCGGGAGGGAAGGUGGUCCGGAGACGACGACCCUACCCCCAGAGGCCCAUUACAGAUCAAGGCCCGACCAUGUGGGCCAAUCGUGGACGCCUCGGCCGUCUCCUCCACAAUCUAGUUUGCACGCACCAAUGGCGAGAUGCCGCUGGGGUCUUCUCCGUGCUCCUACCUGGCAUCCAGCGCCCCGACUCCUUCGAGGAGGCCCGCAGCAUUUUAGUGGAUGCGAUGGAUAUUCAUAGACGCCUUGCUCAGGACAGCGGUGGCAGGAGAACCUACUACCACAGGACACAGAAGGUUUUUGAUGUUUGGAUACAACGGCUAAUGUGGUUGCCUACUUGUGCAAAAAAACACAUGGUUAAACUCGAAUUGGCUCUAUUUUAUAUUUCACAAGGCAAGAUCGAUGAUGCACACAAUGCAACAAGAGUCCUCAUCGCGAAGGACGGACUAAAGAUGGAACCAACUCUAAAUCUGAUACAUGGCUUGAUAUCAUAUGAUAAAUGGUACUCUGGUUUGCCCAAAGACAUGCAACUUGAGAGAUUUGAUGUGUACAAUGAAUCAUGCAAAAUUUCUGUGUCAUCAAAUGCCUGUGGAGAAAAUGGUCUCCAGGAUAGUUCAGAUGACAAUUGCAGCAUUGAUGUUGAUGAUGCUAGUUUUCCUGCUUGCUCUUCAGAAAGUUCUAUCAAUAAUGGGAAUAUAGACAAAAAAUGCAAGAUUACCAAGAAAUCUCAUUUUGUUUAUCCUGUUAAGGAAAAUGAUUCAGUAGAUUCACAAGUGAAAGGAGUGGUUUCUGCAGAUUUUCGAAGCGUAUUUUUAGUUACCUCUGAUGCCCUUACCUGUGGAUUGGAACAAACCUUGUUGCCGCUACGUCUAAAGCAUGCUGCUGGGACUUCAAGUGAUUGCUUUGAUUCGUACUGGAAGUACAAGUCAACACCUAAUACCUUCUACGCAGAUGCAGAAAGAUGUCUAAAAGUGGCUCUUCAUUCGUCACCACCAGUAAUGGCAGCCUUAUUGCCAUUAAUACAGAUCCUGCUGCUUGGUGAUAAACUGAAAGAUGCACUUUGUGAACUUGAGAAGACCUGCCGCAGUUCUACUACAGCGCUUCCUUUCAGAUUGCGAGGCAGGCUGCUAGAGUAUUUUGACCAAAAUCAAGUAUCAACUAUAUCUUCUUGCUAUGAGGAAGCUUUGCAGAGAGAUCCUACAUGUAGCUACUCGGUUGAGAGGCUAACUGAAAUGCACAGAAAAGGAUAUUAUAAUACCGCCCGACUACUUGAGAGAAUUGCUUUGCAUCUAGACUCUGUGAACGGGAAGCCUUUGAUCUGGGAGGAGCUUGUAUCAUGCUUCCUUCGGCUUUUUUCUGAUCGUACUACUGACUACGAGGAUCGUAUUUCAUGUAAUGUUGAAGGAGAUGCAUCGAUUGAUGCUUUUAGUAGUCUUUCUUCAGUCUUCUUUGAGCAACGUACAAGGGAAUCAUGGAAGCUCCGAUGCAAAUGGUGGAUGAACCGUCAUUUCAGCCAAAACAUCUAUAUGUCAGAAACCGCGAAAGGUGAUUGCAAGCUCCUCGCUUCCAAGGCAUCUUGUGCUUGUCACAUGCUUGGGCCCAGAUUCCCAUAUGUCAAAGCAGCUAAGAGCUAUCUUUCCAAGCAAGAGGCAAAGGAUGAAUCCAGAUUCCUCUCCAGGAACACGGAAAAUUCUGUCAAGUUAUUACAAAGUUUGGAGAAACUAACGUGAUGGCUCUGUUUAGUUUAAUCUUUUCUUUUUGAUAGGGUAGUUUACAAAGUUUUCUGGCUAGUUUGUCUCCUCCACCGCCAUGUUGUUAGUUCCGCAGCCAGGGCACAUGUAGCGCUUCUGCAGCUCCUCAGUGAGUGAAUUGUGCACAUUCUCCAGUUCGGCCAUGCGCUUGCGUCGAGUCAAGGAAAAGCUUCGGCGAACACACACGGAGGAAGAAGCAGCAGGAACAUAUGUAUAUAUAAAUAUAGUAGUUGCGCAAACGAAGUGAUUUCUGGACAGCUGAAAAGGAUAUCCUCCGAGCUCCUGCAACUUCGUCGUCUCUUUCAUCACAGCCUCCACAAGAGCAACUAUUAUAUUUCUUUGCAGAGGGAGUACUACUAUAUUCUUGUUAAAAUUAUGAGAAGCGCUAUAACUUGGAACUAGUUCUCUCUCCAACAAUGCUGCAGUGCCUCAGUACCUGCAUGUUACCCCCGACCGGUUGGAAUUAUGAUGGUCCUACUGUUUUAUCAUACAAAUGUCUUUGGAAA